GGGACCGGACGGCUGCGCGUCGCACAGGAGGAGCUGGAUAAAGCGCACCGGGUCGGCGCAUGUAUUUGCGCGUUUUUUCUUUCCAUCCAGUCUCUCCAGCUGCGCGUCUCUUAUCGGAUGGUGAAUGCAACCCGCACCCGAGUCAAGCUUACACCUCUGACGGACAGAACAUGGACAGUCUAGGCAGCCGCUGUAAAAUUGUGGUGGUCGGGGACACGCAAUGUGGUAAAACGGCGCUCCUGCACGUUUUUGCCAAGGACUGCUAUCCAGAGAACUAUGUGCCCACGGUCUUUGAAAACUACACAGCCAGUUUUGAGAUAGACAAGCAGCGGAUUGAGCUGAAUAUGUGGGACACAUCAGGUUCCUCCUAUUACGACAACGUGCGGCCACUGGCAUAUCCUGAUUCCGAUGCAGUUCUCAUCUGUUUUGACAUCAGCCGCCCAGAGACUUUGGACAGUGUCAUGAAGAAGUGGCAGGGGGAGACGCAGGAGUUUUGUCCCAAUGCAAAGGUUGUGUUGGUGGGCUGCAAGCUGGACAUGAGGACGGACGUCAGCACCCUGAGGGAGCUCUCAAAGCAGCGCCUCAUCCCCGUCACCCACGAACAGGGCAGCACGAUAGCUCGCCAGAUGGGAGCGGUGGCCUAUGUAGAAUGCACCUCCAAGGUUUCGGAGAACAGCGUCCGGGACGUGUUCCACAUCACCACGCUGGCGUCGGUGCGGCGGCCGCACAAGCCCCAGCUAAAACGCAGCAGUUCCCGCAGGGGCCUGAAGCGAGUUUCGCAGCUCCCCCUGCCGCCCCUACCGGGCCGGACUGAGCAAUUGGACCCCGCUCCAACCAUGAGGAAGGACCGGGCCAAGAGCUGUGUGCUCAUGUAGAGA